UCUUACGGCUAAUGCCCACUGACCGAAGAAAUCAACGGCUGAGAUAUUCCCCUUGGAUUAUUUACACGGGAUCUGCCCGAAACUAAGUCCUAGUAACUGACUCGGGCAGCUCCGACUUCACUCUUCGGGCAGCUACAGAUACAAUCUCCAGUACAUUUUUUCUUCACUCGCUUUUGAAAGACAACUGCUUAAAUGUGAAAAUUUUGCCAAAUUAAGGGGAGGCCAGGCUACCACCACCAGCAGCAGCUCUCGCCACCACCGGAGUGCCUCGCCGACGACCGGUGGAGAAAGGUAGAAGAAAGUGUGUGUGAACCUUUGCUCUCUUGAAAGAUGGGUCAGGGGCUGAGUUGUGGGGCGAGUCAAGAGAAUGGUUUGUUUAGUGCAGUUCAAGUUGGAGACUUUGAAACUGUGGAAGCUUUGUUAAAGAGAGAACCCAAUCUUUUACAUCAUACAACCGUCUAUGAUCGCCACUCUGCUCUUCAUGUAGCUGCUGCUAAUGGCCGGAUCGAGAUUCUGGCUAUGCUUUUGGAGAAAUCCGUGAACCCGGAUGUAGUGAAUCGUCACAAGCAGACUCCAUUAAUGUUGGCUGCAAUGCAUGGGAAGAUCUCCUGUAUGAAGAAGCUUAUUGAAGCUGGGGCAAAUAUCUUAAUGUUUGAUUCCCUUCAUGGAAGAACUUGCUUGCACUAUGCAGCCUAUUAUGGCCACUCUGACUGCCUUCAAACCAUCCUCUCUGCUGCUCAAUCUAGCCAUGUUGCUACUUCAUGGGGAUAUGCACGAUUUGUGAAUGUAAAAGAUGCUAGGGGAGCCACUCCCCUGCACUUAGCAGCCCGCCAAAGGCGGCCUGAAUGCGUACAUAUCCUCUUAGACAAUGGUGCUCUUGUUUGUGCUUCAACUGGUGGAUAUGGUUUUCCAGGAAGCACUCCUCUUCAUUUGGCUGCCAGAGGAGGAUGUCUUGAUUGCAUCCGCAAGUUGUUGGCAUGGGGUUCAGAUCGUCUUCAAAGAGAUGCAUCUGGGAGAAUACCGUAUGUAGUUGCUCUAAAGCACAAACAUAGAGCAUGUGCAGCUCUGCUAAAUCCUUCAUCAGCAGAACCUCUUGUCUGGCCAGCACCUUUAAAGUUCAUUAGUGAGCUUAAUGAGGAAGCAAAAUCGCUACUAGAACAGGCCUUAAUGGAGGCAAACAGGGAGAGGGAAAAGAACAUCUUGAAGGGAACAGCUUACUCACUUCCAUCACCCUCACAUUCUGAUUCUGGGUUAGAUGACAGUAUUUCUGAGGCUAGUGAUACCGAAGUAUGCUGUAUAUGCUUUGAGCAGAUCUGCACAAUUGAAGUUCAAGACUGUGGCCAUCAGAUGUGUGCACAAUGCACACUGGCCUUGUGCUGCCACAACAAGCCAAACCCCACAACUGCGAGUCUAACACCCCCAGUAUGCCCCUUUUGCCGGAGCACCAUUGUCCGAUUGGUGGUAGCCAAGAUAAAAAAUCAUGAUGAUACUGAUCAUGACAUUGGCGAUGUUAGUUCCUCAAAGCUGAGAAAAUUGAGAAAGUCAAGGACUUUCACGGAGGGAAGCAACAGCUUCAAGAGCUUAUCAGCAGUUGGGUCAUUUAGCAAGAUGAGUGGCCGUGGCUCAGAAAUGAUUGCUGCAGAAAAUGAAUGGAUUGAUAAGCCUUGAAACAUGGCACUUUGGCAGCUCUUGCUGAUUGAAAGUUUCAGGUUGUUAAUCAAGGACAUUCCCUUUCACACGAUGAAAGAAAAAAAUGGCCGAGAAAAAAAAAAUCAAGCAAUCAUGGUCAGGGCUGGUCCCAUUUGUUAUAUAUAGAUAUAGGUGAGGUCCAUUUACCAUGUAGAAUUUGGGGGAAAAUAAGCAAAGAAGUGAGUUGCAGGGUUGGGUUGUUGUAAUCUUUGUUUAAUGGAGAUUAAAGUAGCAUUAUUCGUCUCGACUCUUUUAAGGUCUGUUAGAUGCCAGAAUUAGUAUUGAAAGAAAAAAAAAACCAAAAAGAAAAAAGAAAUCUUUUUUUCUUCUAAAA